GACCCGCUCCCUGCGCCGGCUGCCGGAGCCAGACAGUUGUUUAAUUUCCCAGGCGCAGGGCGGGAGGGGGAUGGAAAGUUUCCCGGGGCUGCCGGGGCCGGGACGGCCGCACGCUCCCUGCUCCGCACCGGGGGCAGCGCGGCCGCGCCGCCGGCCCGGGGCUCCCUGAGCCGGGCCAUGCUGCCCACGCCGGGGGCUUCUCCGGCCGCGUCCCCCCGCAGUUCGCCCCGCAAUUCUCCCGUCCUCUUCAGGAAGCUCCUGAUGAACCAGAGCAUCCGCCUGCAGCGGCGCUUCACCGUGGCGCAUCCCCUCUGCUUUGACCUGGAGAAUGGCCCCCCCGGCCGGGGCGCCCUGGACCCCCAGGCCAGCCCGGGCGCGGGGCUGGUCCUGCAGGGCACCUUCUCGCACGGCCAGCGCCGCGAGUCCUUCCUGUACCGCUCCGACAGCGACUACGACCUGUCCCCAAAAGCCAUGUCCCGCAACUCCUCCAUCGCCAGCGACCUGCAUGGAGAAGACAUGAUCGUCACACCCUUUGCCCAGGUCCUGGCCAGCCUCCGCACCGUCCGCAGCAACCUGACCCACCUCCAGGACCGCGCUGGCUUCAAGCGAGGAUCGAGCAGCAGCCUGCCCUCGGGGAGCAAGGCCAGCCUCUCCGCAGAAGAUGCCCACCAGAAGCUCUCGAGGGAGACCCUGGAGGAGCUGGAUUGGUGCUUGGACCAGCUGGAGACGCUGCAGACCAGGCACUCGGUCAGCGAGAUGGCCUCCAACAAGUUCAAGCGGAUGCUGAGCCGGGAGCUGACGCACCUCUCGGAGACCAGCCGCUCCGGGAACCAGGUGUCCGAGUACAUCUCCAGCACCUUCCUGGACAAGCAGCACGAGGUGGAGAUCCCCUCAGCACUGGCCAAGGACAAGGAGAAGGAGCGGAGGAAGCGCCCCAUGUCGCAGAUCAGCGGCGUCAGGAAGCUCAAGCACGGCUCCAGGCUGGCCGCCGCCGGCAUCCCCCGCUUCGGGGUGCGCACGGAGCACGAGGCGCUGCUGGCCAAGGAGCUGGAGGACACCAACAAGUGGGGGCUCGACGUGUUCAAAGUCGCCGAGUACUCGGGGAACCGCCCGCUGACCGUCAUCAUGUACAGCAUCUUCCAGGAGCGUGACCUGAUGAAGACCUUCCGCAUCCCCGUCAACACCUUCAUCACCUACAUGCUGACGCUGGAGGACCACUACCACGCCGACGUGGCCUACCACAACAGCCUGCACGCCGCCGACGUGGCGCAGUCCACGCACGUCCUGCUCUCCACGCCUGCGCUGGAGGCUGUCUUCACGGACCUGGAGAUCAUGGCUGCCAUCUUUGCCAGCGCCAUCCACGACGUUGACCACCCCGGGGUCUCCAACCAGUUCCUCAUCAACACCAACUCGGAGCUGGCCCUGAUGUACAACGACGCCUCGGUGCUGGAGAAUCACCACCUGGCCGUGGGCUUCAAGCUGCUCCAGGAGGAGAACUGCGACAUCUUCCAGAACCUGAGCAGGAAGCAGAGGCAGACGCUCCGUAAAAUGGUCAUCGACAUGGUGCUGGCCACGGACAUGUCCAAGCACAUGAACCUGCUGGCGGAUCUGAAGACCAUGGUGGAGACCAAGAAGGUGACCAGCCUGGGCGUGCUGCUGCUGGACAACUACUCUGACCGCAUCCAGGUUCUGCAGAACAUGGUGCACUGCGCCGACCUCAGCAACCCCACGAAGCCGCUGGAGCUGUACCGGCAGUGGACCGACCGCAUCAUGGUGGAGUUCUUCCGCCAGGGAGACCGGGAGCGGGAGAGGGGCAUGGAGAUCAGCCCCAUGUGCGACAAGCACACCGCCUCCGUGGAGAAGUCCCAGGUGGGAUUCAUCGACUUCAUCGCCCACCCGCUGUGGGAGACCUGGGCCGACCUCGUGCACCCCGACGCCCAGGAGCUGCUGGACACGCUGGAGGACAACCGGGAGUGGUACCAGAGCAUGAUCCCGCGCAGCCCCUCGCCUCCGCCCGAGGCAGCCGCCGCGUCCCCCGCCACCGCCGACAAGUUCCAGUUCGAGCUGACGCUGGAGGAAGAGGAGGAGGAGGAGGGUGAGUCGGACACGGAGCUGGAGGGCGCCGAGAGCCCCUUGGACGAGGACAACAGCGGCUCCAAGACGCCGGGCACGGAUGACUUGGAGUGUGCCGACCCCAAGCGCCUGUCCCCCGGCCCCGGGGACCGGGACUCGCCUGUCCCCCGCCCCAGCGACGUGGACAACCGGCAGGCGCUGCAGGGCACGCUGCCCAGGGACGGCGGCGGCGGCUGCCCCGUGCCAGGCCCCGAGGGCAGCCAGGGGCUGUGCCUGGACACUGAGGGCAAUGUCACAUUCCUGUCCCUGGGCACGUAGCGGCCCCUGGGUGCCCUGGCAGUGCUGGGGACAGCGGGGAGCUGGCACUGGGGAGCACUGGCACUCAGAGGCACCUGGGAUGUGUCCCCGUCUGGGAGCUGGGCAGGUCCUGACAGGUACGAGGAUGCUGCUGGCCUUCUCCCUGGGAAAGGUCCCUGUCCCCUUCAGACAGGGCGUGGGGACACGCUGCUCUGGGCCCAGCCCAGCCCUGGGGACAUCACGCCCCACAGCGCCGCAGGAAGGAGCAUUCCUGCACCUGGCCAGGUGUCCCCUGGCAGGACGAGGUGGGCAGAGGGUGCUGGUGACACCCCCAGCACGAGGCACCCCCAGCACGGCACGGCACGGGCACGGCUCAGUGCUUUAUUUAUUUGGGGAUGGGUUCACUUUUCAAAGCCUUUUGUAGCUCACUUUUUACUACGAGCCUCCCCGAGGCUCACACACAUUUUUGAGGCAGAAAAGACGCAUUUUUGGGGAGGAAAGUUCCAUUUCUUCUCUGCGAUCACUCCAAACACCAUUUGCAUUUCACAUUUCGGACCCUGGCGGGUGCUGUCACCACCCCCCCACCCCCCAUCUGCGUUGUCCUGCUUGGGGCAGGGUCCUUUGGGAUUCUUCCCUCACCUUCCAGAGAUUAAACCCGGUUUGUUCCACCCUAAA